CAGCAGAACACCAAUAAGUCACAGGGCGAUGUUGUGAAGGGAAAGCUGAUUUGACUCUCUUCACAUGUCAGCUGGAAAAACUGACAUCCGUGUGGGAGGAUGUCGGUGUGAGCAGGAGGCACGCGGAUGAUGAUGAUGAUGAUGGUUGCCUCCACCUUGGGGGAGGAUCCGUCAACGUAACGCGGCGCCAACACGCUCACUUUGCAUUUGCUCUUCCUCCUCCAGCAGCGAUCUCUCUCCAGCUGUAAGGACGCCGCAGUCUGGAGAUGCUUCACACACAUAAACUGGGCUGGAGAUAAUAGGAAACUGCUAUUUUUGGACGUUUUUUCGUCUUUUUUUCUUGCUGAAUUCGUCGUUGCUGAAAUUCGAGGAUGAACAGUUUAAAACAGGUGCCCACACGGGUGAGAAGCAGGCGGACUGAGGCCAACCUGGGAGCGGAGAGGGAGCAUUUUGACAAACAGCAGCUGAGCAGCAUCAGCAAAGCCAUCAACUCCACCGAGACGCCUGUGAAGGAGAAACAUGCACGACGAAUCAUCCUCGGGACUCACAGGGAGAAGGGAGCGUACACCUUCUGGUCCUACGCACUGGGCUUCCCUCUGGCCAGCAGCUCCAUCCUCAGCUGGAAGUUCUGCCACGUGCUGCACAAAGUCUUGAGGGACGGACACCGCAAUGUCCUACAAGACUGCAUGAGACAUCAUGGCUCUCUAGUUGAAAUUGGGAAACUAUGGAGCAACCUCCAUGAUCGAUACGGACAGCUUGUGGCGCUGUACACCAAGCUACUUUGCACAAAAAUGGAGUUUCAUGCGAAGCACUCAGAAAUCCCACCAAACCUGGAGGCCUCAGAUGAACUCUUGGAGCGCACUGCAGGAACUGACAUCAAUAAUGUGUUCCAGCUCACAGUGGAGGUGUUCGAUUACAUGGACGCAGAGCUGAAGCUGGCGGAGACAGUGAUCCGACAGCUCAACACAUCCAUUGCCAUCUCCACCCUCACAUCAGGCCAGUGUCGGCUGGCUCCACUCAUCCAAGUUAUUCAGGACUGCAGUCACCUUUACCACUUCACUGUCAAGCUGCUGUUUAAGCUGCACGCCUGUCUACCUGCUGACACUUUACAAGGACACCGGGAUCGUUUCCAUGACCAGUUCCACAGCCUUAAGACGUUCUUCAACAGAGCCAGAGACAUGCUGUACUUUAAGAGACUCAUCCAGAUCCCAAAGCUGCCUGAUUCUCCUCCUAACUUCCUGCACGCAGCUUCAUUGGCGAAACACGUAAAGCCGGUGGUGGUGAUCCCUGAUGAGGAUGAGCCCGAGCAACAAGAUGAUGAUGAUGAUGAUCCUGAGCCACUCAUCGAGGUCAGCGACUCAUCCAGCAUGCAGUCACAGCCGCAGCCGGACAUAUUUGAUCAGACGUUUGGACCUCCAAACGGAGGCUUCGAUGACAGGGAUCUCCAAAUCGAGAGUCUGAAGCGGGACUUGGAGUUAUUGAGAGCUGAGCUAGAGAAAGUCAAAGCUGAGGCUCAGCGCUACAUCACACAGCUGAAGUCUCAAAUCAACAGCCUGGAGGCAGAGCUAGAAGAACAGCGUGCACAGAAACAACGCGCUCUUGUGGAAAAUGAACAACUGCGCAUGGAGCUGGAGGCUACACGCCGCCGAAACCUUGAACAUGAGAGUCUACAGUCCACCUUCAUUGAAGCAGAAAAGAGAGCGCAGGCCACAGAGCAGCGCUACAAUAAGCUGAAGGAGAAGCACACAGAACUAGUGUCGAGCCACGCUGAGCUCUUGAGGAAGAGUGCCGACACUGUGAGGAUGCUGUCAGCGACACAGCAGACCCAGGAGGAGGUGGAGAGGACCAAACAGCAGCUGUCGUUUGAGGUUGAUCGAAUAAAACAAGAGGCUGACAUGAAGUUGGAGGAGCAGAAGUUUGAGAUGGAGAAGCUAAGGAGGGAGUUGAAUGAGAAGAUGGCAGAAGUGACACGGAUCAAGGGAACUCUGCAGAGCAGCGAGAAGACUGCAGAGCAAGUGAACAGCUCCAUGACGGCUCUGCAGGCAGAAAAGGAGCGUCUGAUGCGGUCUGUGAGCGAGAAGGAGGCGGAGCUGUCGUCUCUGCGGCAGGCUGCGCAGGUGCAGGAGUCGUCCCUUGUGCAGGAGCGAGAGAGGAGCAGCAGGGAGCUGGGCGAGCUGCAGGGCAAACUGAAGGAGAAGUCAAGUCAAGAGGAGCAGCUGAAGCAGAAACUCCUGGAGGAGCAGUUCGCUCUGCUGCAGGGAACCAUCACAGAGGCUGAAAACAUCAUCCAGGACGCUGUGGCUAAGCUGGAUGAUCCUCUUCAUGUCCGAUGCACCAGCUCUCCAGAUUACCUCGUCAGUCGGGCUGAGGCCACGCUGGGCUCCAUAGACAAAGUGAAAAAGGGUCAUGCAGAUUAUCUGAGUAACAUGAGGGAUGCUGGAGGGCUGCUCAGAGCUCUGACCCAGUUCUCCCACUUGGCUGCGGAUACAAUCAUCAACGGUAGCGCCACUGCACACAUGGCGCCCACUGACCAUGCAGACCGUCUGACGGAGAACUGCAGAGGCUGUGCCAGUGAAAGUCUUCAGUUCUUCAAUGAUCUAAAGUCCAAGACCUCCCUCCAGAGGGCAGACCCGGCCUCCAUCCGCUUAGUCGUUCAGAAGAUCCUGCAUCUGGGCCAGGAGCUGAGACCUAAAGGCGUGGACGUUCGCCAGGAUGAGCUGGGAGAUAUGGUUGAUAAAGAAAUGGCUGCAACAUCGGCGGCUAUUGAAGAGGCGGUCCGCAGGAUUGACGAAAUGAUGAAUCAGGCCAGAAAAGACACAACAGGAAUCAAACUGGAAGUCAAUGAAAGAAUCCUCAACAGCUGCACAGACCUGAUGAAGGCCAUCCGCAUGCUGAUCAUCGCGUCCACAGACUUGCAGAAGGAGAUUGUUGAAGGAGGAAGGGGUGCAGCAACAAUCAAGGAAUUCUACGCCAGAAACUCUCGCUGGACUGAAGGACUGAUCUCUGCGGCCAAGGCUGUGGGAUGGGGAGCAACAGAAAUGGUAGAGUCUGCUGAUAAGGUUGUGCUGCACACCGGCAAAUAUGAAGAGCUGAUUGUCUGCUCCCAUGAGAUUGCUGCGAGCACAGCACAGCUGGUGGCUGCAUCAAAGGUGAAGGCAGAUCGUAACAGUAAGAAGCUGACGGUCCUCCAGCAGGCUUCUCGCCAUGUGAAUGAAAUGGCGGCUAACGUGGUGGCUUCGACAAGGACGGGCCAGGAGCACCUAGAGGAGAAAGAUACUAUGGACUUCUCUGGGAUGUCCCUCAUCAAACUAAGAAAAGAAGAAAUGGAGUCACAGGUGAAGGUGCUGGAGUUGGAAUCCAGUUUGGAGAACGAGCGUCUGCGUUUGGGCGAGCUGAGGAAGAAACACUACGAGUUAGCUGGAGUUCCUCUCGAUGAGGUUCCUGAAGGAAACGGCGACACCUCUUCACCCGCCAACAUGUCACCAAAACCCAGCAAACCUGCCCUUAUGAAAAAACCUGCGCUGGCCCAGAAACCCAACUUAUCCUCAAAACCCCGCUGAAGUGAUACGUGAACAGAAGAGGGAAAGGCUCCAUAUGAAUGUUUUAACUGACAGGGAACAAUCGCCUUGUGAAAAGAUUUUCCCUCCAAGUUAUCAGCUUCAAAUCUUCUGCUUCACCUCGCUCUUUUCCUCCUUUUUAUUUCUUCCUGUUUUGCCAAGUAGCCUGAUGUUUGACUCUUGAUGCCUGUAAGGGAAACACUCUUGACCCCCUUUUUAUUUUAAAGGUACAUCAUAAAGCCAUCAGAACCGAGUCUAUUUUAACUUAUUUGGGAUCAGUAACAAAAAUAUGGUUAUUUUACUUUUAGGUUGUGUGAAAAUGUUUUUUUCUGCAUUAUGAAGAUUUUAGAUGAUCAAACAUUGCUGAUUCUUUUAGAAACCUCUCUGAUAAUCACAAUUUAAACAAAUCUUUUACUCCAGAUUUUUCCAUCAUGCUUUCUACAACAUCUUUGCUCACUGCUUUGGGUGUUCACUACAGAGCACGACAUUUUUGUUAAUGUUCACUGCGUACUUUUUGUGUUUGGUCCUAUAGAAAACUGGGGACUUACUUUAUGUGCAUACAUGUUGCUGCAAAAGUUUUACAUACCUCUGGCUUUGCCUUCUCGGUGGACUAUUUUCCUGUUGAGUGUAAAACAUGUUUCUUUCUCUACAGUACAAGACUGUCGCUGAGGCCUUGAAAAGUACUGUACUACUGCGCCGAAUGAAACCUGUAAAGACACAUAGUUUGUAUAGGAGUGUACGCCUCACACCAAGUAUAAUUUAUACAUACACUUAUCUCUUGAAUGUCUCUGUGCUUGAGGAGAACCUGGAUAUUUUGUUAAAACCGAAAGAUUUGAUGCUUGUACAUAAAUAUCGGAUGUAGGCAUCCUUAACUAUCAACGCUUCUUUCAGGCUGAAUAUGGUGACUUCAGGGUUAGUUUUUGGAAAAUUACGAUGGUGUUCAAAUCCUCCUUGCCUCUGGGAGCUUUUCUUACAGGGUCUUAAAAUGCAUCUUUUUAUGUUCUGUCUUUCCUCUGUUGAAAAUGUCUUUAUACACUCAGAUCUAUUAAUAUAUUUUAGUAACGAUAUUGGUGGUUUCUCCUUGUAAGAACUGUAAAUGUCCAAUGAAAAUGAACAAUAAAUGUUUGAUUUAA